AUCACCCGGUUGUAGAUGAGUUGCUUGGUGUGCUCACUCAAACUAAGCAACCAAAAGGGACCAUUGGUAUAAUAGUAGGUUCCUCUAUGGAUAGCUUUACUCCUGGCGCAAUAGAUGCGGUACUAGAGAUAGCAGAACCACUGGAACCAUCAGAACUAUUGGAUCCAUUGAAACAACUACCUAUAUAUCCCAUCAUUGUAACAG